AUGGCCGACAACCAGCCUCCGCGUAUCAGGACCUCGUAUCUCCUUGGGCUCAGCAACAAGCCCUUCAAGGACCCGCCGAAGCCGCUUCCGCUGAACAGCUACCGGGGCAUGCUGACAACACCCGGCGCGGCUCUUGAAUGGGCAGCUAGCGAUGGCCGAAGGGGCAGGUUGACCGGUAAAGGCAAACCGCGCCUGUUGAAUGCGCUGGACGCCGCUGCGGCGGUGAAGAGCCAAGCAAAGACAGCCAAUUGGUCUGGGAAAGGCCAGAACGAGGCAAAGAACGAGGCGAGCGGUCAAGCAAACGUCUCCGGUGAGAUCGAGUACAAGAAGGGCGUCACCAACGAAUACGGUUUCACCGACGAGCAGGAUAGAACGAUCAUGCGCAUGAAGAACGAAAACCCAGGUACUCAAUGGGACCGUAUCGCAGAGGCGACCGGGAAGAACAAGGACGAAUGUAAAGAACGCUUCCAACAGAUCAAGCCCGACGGCUGGAAGCCCGCCAAUAUCCAAGGCAAGGGGGGCAAGAAGGGUGGCGGGCAAGGUAACAACCAAGGCAGUGGUCAGAAGCAGAAUGGUAAAGGCCAGAAUCAGAACCAGAACAGGCAGGAAGAACAGAAGAAGGACGACAAAAAAGAAGAGGCCGCCGGUGGAGACGGUUGGGAUAACCCAUACGCUGCCCUGUUCGAUAGCGCAGACGAUAAUAAAUCCGGUGCUUCCAACAAGGGCUCUAAGAAAGAUGAUGGAGUAACUGGCGAUGCAGGCGGAUGGGACACUUUUGACCUGGAUGCUGCGACUGGGACCGGUAACAAUGCCCUAUUAACGACGGGGUGGGAUAAUGACAAUAGUGGAGGACCAGAGUGGAACAAGUCUGGAAAUGACAACAAUGCAGGCGGAAUGGACACAUGGGCCGGAGAUACCUGGACUGCUGAGCCUAGCAAAGAAGACGACAACAAUAAGAACAGCGAAGGGAAGAACGACAAGGACGAGAAGGAAAAGGAAAAGGAGAAGGAGAAGGAGAAAGAAAAGGAGAAGGAGAAAGAGAAGAAGAAGGAGAUGGAGAAGGAAAAGAAGAAGGAAAGCGAACCCAAUAUUGCUCCCGAUCCUUGGGGAUCUGCCGGUGUCGAUAUCGGAGGCGGUGCUGCGACAGCAGACUGGGGUGGCGUUAAUUGGGAUGCCGGAGACAAAGACAAGAAAAGUGAGAGCAAGCUGAGCAAGUCAAGCUCCUCCAAGACAGGAAGCAACAGUGGAUGGGGAGUCACUGUCGCUGGUGGUGGUGGUGAUCCAACUUGGGCUAAUAACAAAGCCGACACUGGGGGUGGUUUCGCAGGUUGGGGUGGCGACUCAGGCAAUACCGGCGGCGUAAACGAGUCGGGUGGUGGAGGAUGGCCUGGUGCUGCAUCACCGGAGAAGACAAAGGCCUCGAAUGACAAGUCCAAGAAGAAAGACAAGGGCCCAGAUGCCGACUCCUGGGCCAACACAUGGGCUACAUCUAGCUCUCCUCGAAAGCCUACCUCAACAGCGUCUUCCGGUGAUCACGAGAAGCACCGCUCGUCACGGCGGCACUCGGAUACAAAGAGAGACAAGCAUAGGUCGCAUCGACACCACAGCAGUAGCCACCCAGCAGAGUACAAGGUCGCGCCUGACGGCACCUUCUCACAAGAUGAGUUGAAAAUUGUUGCGAGGAUCUUGCAGCAGGAUUGCUCAAUGGUGUGGGAGCGGGUGUCGUGGAGGUUCAAGGAUAAGACGGGGAGGAACUUGCCGCCCGACGUGUUCGAGAAGAAGAUUACGGGAAGGCUUGAGAAAGAGAGAAGGUAUUGA